AAAAUUUUAAAUUUUGUACAAUUUUUUUUUGUUUGAGCUUUUAUUGUUGGUAAAGUUCUCAGACCAUAGGAAGAUGGAUGAUGAUAAGCCUUUCAAUCCUUUUUAUAUUGGACCCCAUCCGAGCAUGGCAUGUGCUGUGACAGAGACCCCGCCACGUCAAUGUUCCCCUGAUUGUCCUGAGAAGGAUGGUGAGGGCGGAAAAGCAGAAUCCCUGGAGAACGCCUCUUCAAGCGGUGCCCAGGGAACUAAAGAUGCUACUAAUUCAAACAAUACAGGCGAAAAGGCUAAUGAUGAACCACCUUGCUGCACGUAUCCUUGUAGAGAAGGACGCAAUUAGCAUUGAUGGCGUACGGGACAAACCUAACAUGCACUAUUAAAGUUUCAAAUGAAUUAAAAUCGUCCAUAAACACA